CCCGGAGCUCAGGCCCGCCCCACGCCUGGCGAGGCCCGCCUGCUCCCUGCGCCCGGCCUGGCGCGCUCGGAAGCGGGAGGGCGCCGCGCCAUAGCCGAAUGUCCGCGCUGCGGCGCGCCUUGCUGGGACUCGGCCUCUUGGUUUCCUCCUCCUCCUCGUCCUGCCGGGGCUGGAGGCUUGCGAGAGCGGCUCAGGCCGGCUACUGCCCGGCCGGACGCUGGCCGCCUGGUCCCUCGCCCGCGGGCCAUCGCCAGCCAGGGGCCGCGGCCAUGCAGACAGCGGCGGCCGCGCAGGGGGUCAAGUACCUCGGCCAAAAGGAAGCCCAAGCCAUUGACCAGGAGCUGUUUGAGGAAUAUAAGUUCAGCGUUGACCAGCUGAUGGAACUGGCCGGUUUGAGUUGCGCCACUGCCAUUGCCAAGGCCUACCCAGCCAGCUCCUUCACAGUCAGCCAGCCAGCUGUGUUGAUUGUGUGCGGUCCCGGAAAUAAUGGCGGAGAUGGGCUGGUUUGUGCCCGGCAUCUCAAAAUGUUUGGUUAUGAGCCAACAAUAUACUACCCGAAACACCCCAACAAACCACUCUUUGAAGGCUUAACCACCCAGUGCAAGAAGAUGGAUAUCCCUUUUCUCUCGGAGUUCCCAUCAGAAGCUGCGGUGAUUGAGGAGGUGUAUGGCCUGGUGGUGGAUGCCAUUUUUGGGUUCAGCUUCCAAGGGGCUGUCCGGGAACCCUUCGGUACCAUCUUGGAUACUCUAGAGAAGGUCUCUAUUCCCAUCGUGAGCAUUGACAUCCCGUCUGGGUGGGACGUGGAGAAGGGCAAGCCUGACGGUAUCAGUCCGGACAUGCUGAUCUCUCUCACCGCGCCAAAGAAAGCCGCAAAGCAUUUCACUGGCCGCUACCAUUUUCUUGGUGGCAGGUUUGUGCCCUUAGCGCUGCAGAAGAAGUAUGCACUGAACCUCCCCGCGUACCCGGAUACGGAUUGUGUGCUGCAGCUGCCUUAGUAGACUGGGGGAAGGGGAGCGAUCAGGAUUACAGAGCCCUGCAGGAAGAUGACUCGGUGCUAAGGAACAAAACUUGUUUGGGGUAGUGGGGCCAGAAGCCAAGGGAAGGGCACUUGGCCCCUUGUUAGGUGCAGCUAUCUGGCUUCGAGGGACGCUGUGGUUCCUUUGUGGAUACAUGGCUGUUAAAAAAAAAUACAAGGAUGUUCAUCUUUGGGAAAGAAGAAACUCCUUUAGCUCUAGACCAAAAAGUUUCUUUAAGCAGCAUCACUCUCCUUACUUCAAGUCACUUUUAAAGAGAACAUUCCCUAGAUACCAUUUGUCCUUUUCAGAGCUUCUUUCUGUAUUUCAUUUGGUCUAGCUUUUCACACCCGCACAAUGUAGAGGCUUACUGCUAAGUGUGAACCAUCCUCACUUAACCAAGGGUCUGUUUCUCCUUUUAUUCAAUAAAAUACAUAUUGCUAAUAAUUUA